GCGGUCUGGAUUUCCAUCAUUUCAAAAACUCUUCUGCACCUCCACCUCUGGUUGUCUGUCAGUGGCAACAGCUCAUCGCCCUCUCGCCAUUAUUAUAUUUCCGCAAAGGAAUUAAUUAAAGAAAUCGUUUUGAAUAAUCGGGAGUCUUGAUAAUUACCAGCCCUUUUAAGAGUUGGAGUUGCUCACUACCUCACAUGGAAACUCUCCGUAAAUCUUUCAAAUCUUCACCACCUCAGAAAGAAGAGGAGCGACAGAUUCUCUUGACAGAAAAGCCACCGUCUUCUGCUGCUGCGACCAUGGCGUCGUCUUCCUCCGCCACCUCGUCGCCGUCGCCUGCUAAAGAGGGUGUCACCAGAAUCAACAGCCGGGAUUCACCAAAUAGGAAUGUUGCUGGUAGUAAUAGCAAUGACGGCGGGGCUAACAGAAUGUGGAGGGACUCGAGCUACGAUUUCUCUAACGACGCAGUAAUGAGAGCCGCCGCCAGCUCCAAGGACUUCGAUUUCGUCACGGAGUCUCCGAUGUCCCAUCAAUCUCCUUUGUCUAGAAUACCGGAGAGCCCGAAUACUUACAACUACGGGCAACUGACGCCGAGGGACGUCCGUGUUUCAUUUCACGAGAAUGUCGAGCCGGCUGCCAGCCGCCGGUCCGGUGAACCGGAGGAGGUGGUUGUUUGCAGCUCGAACAAUUCUUUCCGGAGGAAAUCUAGUUUGAUGAGAACGAAGACAAAGUCGAGGUUACUCGACCCUCCGGAGGAUAAUAUUCACAAAUCUCAGACUCAGAGAACGGUGAAAUCACAGGUUUUAGGAAAAGGGACGAGUGAAAUUGACGAGGAUGACCCUUUUCUCGAAGAGGAUUUGCCGGAGGAUUACAAGAGAAUGAAGUUUAGCUUUCUUUCAAUUCUACAGUUGCUGAGCUUAAUUUUAAUUGUUGCGGCUUUAAUUUGUAGUUUAACUAUUGAUUUCUUAAAAAAGAGAACUGUGUUUCAGUUGGAGCUCUGGAAAUGGGAACUGAUGGUUUUGGUUUUGAUUUCUGGAAGAUUGGUUUCUGGAUGGGGGGUUAGGAUUGUGGUUUUCUUUAUUGAGAGGAAUUUUCUUCUGAGGAAACGGGUUUUGUACUUCGUGUACGGGCUGAGGAACGCCGUUCAGAAUUGCGUCUGGUUGGCGCUGGUUUUGAUUGCUUGGCAGUGCAUUUUUGACAAGAAGGUCGAAAGGGUGACGAAAGGGAAGAUUUUGCCGUAUGUGACUAAGAUUUGGGUGUGCCUCUUGGUGGGAACGUUGAUUUGGCUAUUGAAAACUUUGCUUGUUAAGGUCCUGGCGUCGUCGUUCCAUGUGAGUACAUUUUUCGAUCGGAUUCAGGAGUCUUUGUUCAAUCAGUAUGUAAUUGAGACCCUUUCGGGGCCACCGUUGGUUGAGAUUCAGCGGGAGCAGGAGGAGGAGGAGCGGGUGAUGGUUGAGGUUGAGAAGCUUCAGAAGGCCGGGGUGACUAUUCCGGCUGAUCUGAAGGCCAAUAUGUUUCCAAAGAGUGGAAGAGUUAUUGCUACUCCGAGGAAGAGUACGGUGUCAACGGGUGCUAAAAGUCCCAUGUUCUCUAAAGUGAUGUCUAAGAAGGACGAGCAGAAUGGUAUUACUAUUGAUCAUCUGCAUAGGCUGAAUCAGAAGAAUAUAUCAGCUUGGAAUAUGAAGAGGUUGAUGAAUAUUGUUAGGAAAGGGGUACUCUCAACUCUAGACGAGAAGAUACAGGGCUCGGCUGGUGAAGAUGAGGCGAUGGUGCAGAUUACAAGUGAAAACCAGGCUAAAGCUGCUGCCAAGAAGAUAUUCAAUAAUGUGGCCAAGCCAGGAUCUAAAUAUAUUUACCAAGAGGAUUUAAUGCGUUUUAUGCGCGAGGAUGAGGUUUUAAAGACCAUGCGUCUCUUUGAAGAUGGAAGCGAGCAAAAAGGAAUCAGCAAGCGAGCUCUUAAAAAUUGGGUGGUCAAUGCAUUUAGAGAACGGAGAGCGCUUGCUUUGUCUUUAAACGACACAAAAACUGCCGUUAACAAAUUACACCAAAUGCUGAAUGUAUUGGUGGGAGUUCUCAUUAUUGUCAUCUGGCUGCUUAUACUGAAAGUUGCAACUACACACUUCUUUAUUUUCUUAAGCUCCCAGCUUCUUUUAGUGGUCUUCAUGUUUGGAAACACAUGCAAGACAACAUUUGAGGCGAUCAUCUUUUUAUUUGUGAUGCACCCGUUUGAUGUGGGUGAUCGUGUUGAAGUUGAUGGAGUCCAAAUGGUGGUUGAAGAAAUGAAUAUACUGACAACAGUUUUUCUAAAGUUCGACAACCACAAAAUAUACUACCCAAACAGUGUCCUAUCUACAAAGCCGAUUCACAAUUAUUACCGUAGCCCAGAUAUGGGAGACGCAAUUGAUUUCUGUGUCCAUAUUUCAACUCCCGUCGAGAAAAUUGCUAUAAUGAAGGAGAGGAUUACAAAGUAUGUCGACAACCGGAGCGACCAUUGGUACCCAGCACCAGCAAUAGUCAUGAGAGACAUAGAGGACAUGAACAGGUUGAAGUUUUCAGUGUGGCUCUCGCAUAAGAUGAAUCAUCAAGACAUGGGUGAGAGAUGGGCGAGGAGAGCGCUUCUGGUUGAGGAGAUGAUUAAAAUUUUCCGGGAACUUGAUAUCGAAUAUCGUAUGCUGCCGCUUGACGUAAAUGUGCGCAACAUGCCGGCUAUUAGUUCAAGUAGACUGCCAUCUAACUGGACAGCUUCUGCUGCAUGAAUUGCUUGAACUACAUGGGGGAGAGGAGGUAUACUUGAAUAAAGCAUGUGAUAUAGAGAUGACAUGUUGGUUGUCUAUUUAGCCAAAUAGUUUGUAUUGUAUAGUUGUUUCUUCCAUGCAUGAAGAACUAUGUUUAUGUUUGCAUAUUUGUCUCAAGUUCAUUGCCUUUGUUAAUAAUCACUCAAGAAUUGUAAAAAUAGAUAACGUAAUGAUUGAUAUCAAGAAAUGGGAAAACGUUUACAAUUGAAAA